GGAAAGAUGGAAGCGCUGUUUGAGGUUUUUUCUGCCCCUUCUUCUCCCUCAUCUCCCUCAUCUCCCUCUCCUCUUCCCGCGUCUCCUUCUAAACCUUCACCUGUUCCUCAAUCCUCUCGCUCUAGUGAAGAAGAUUUUCCCGUGCUCUAUUGUUCUUCAUUUGCUGGGAGGACUGCCAAGUUACUGCACAAUGGAUUUGUGAAGCAGGGUCUGUUACAAUGUAUUUUAGAUUGCACUGAUUGUUUUCCCCAUUGCUUCACUGGUGGAUACAUUCCUUUGUUUGGUCACAUGACAGUCACAUGCUCUUCCUUACAUAACAACAAUAGCAACAGUUUAUUCUUAAUAUUCAGACACCAUUUAUACAAUAUAAUCAGCUCUACUGGCAACAGUGUAUCGUUGAAGUAUUGUUGCGAGUUUCUUCAUUUCAUUGUUACCUACGUCUCUCGCUUGUCUUUAAUGACACACACUGCAACACUUGACGGCAUCAUCACUAAUCUGACCAAUACAAUCCAGUUGUUAGAGUCAUGUGACCAAUUGAACGAAGACGGGAUACAUGUAUUAUUACAUGUUUAUUGGACGAUGGUAUCACUACUAUACACA